AUGUCACUAGGAAGUGACGAGGCGAUGGAUGAUGACGGUGCAUUUUCGGAUGGCUCAGAAAGUGAUGCUACAUCAACAUAUAGUGAUGAUGAUGGUAUUGUAGUGGAUCCACCUGUGAUCAAGACGGAACGUGGAGGUAGUCAUGAUAGUGAAUCAGCUGAUUUCCAGGUUCUGGAUGCUGAAAAAGUAACUUUUGAAAUGAAUAAAAUCAUAGAGGAUGUUGCAUCGGUGUUGCGUUUAUCGGCUACUAUCUGUAGAUUGCUUUUACAUCAUUAUAAGUGGAAUAAAGAAAGUUUACUAGAAAGGUUUUAUGAAAGCACUGAUAUGGAUUCCUUUUUCUUGGAUGCUAACAUCAUUUCACCAUUUAAAGUGGCACGCCGUGGUGAUGAAGGACUUGCAGAUAUUGUUGAUACUUGUGUCAUCUGCUGUAAUCGUACCAUUUUAACAGGCUUGCAGUGCAGUCAUCGUUUCUGUUAUCCAUGUUGGGAUUCCUAUUUAACAACUAAGGUAGCACAUGUAGCUUGUCCUCAACAUAAUUGUCCAAUCAUAGUUGAUGACGAGAAAACUUUGGCGUUGGUGAAAAGCGAAAAUGCAAAGAAAAGAUAUCGUCGUCUCAUAAUCAAUAGUUUCGUUGAGUGUAAUCGUUUGUUGCGUUGGUGCCCAGCUGCUGACUGUGGACGUGUUAUUGAAGUAGGACAUUUAGAAGCGCGUCCCGUCAAAUGUACUUGUGGUACAGUUUUUUGUUUCGCAUGUGGACACGAAUGGCACGAACCUGUUAAUUGUAGACUUCUGAAGCUAUGGAUUAAGAAGUGUAAUGAUGAUAGUGAGACAAGCAAUUGGAUAUCAGCGAAUACCAAAGAAUGCCCCAAAUGCCAGGUGACAAUAGAAAAGGAUGGUGGAUGUAACCAUAUGACAUGUAAGAAUGUAGCUUGUAAAAUGGAAUUUUGUUGGAUGUGUCUUGGCCCGUGGGAACCACAUGGCAGUUCAUGGUAUUCCUGUAACAGAUAUGAUGAUACAUUGGCAAAACAAGCACGUGAUGCACAAGAACGAAGUCGCGCUGCACUUCAAAGAUACUUGCACUAUUACAAUCGAUACAUGAAUCAUCAACAAAGUUUAAAACUGGAACAUAAACUCUAUUCAAUUGUAAAAUCCAAAAUGGAAGUUAUGCAGCAAGCAAAUAUGUCCUGGAUCGAGGUGCAGUUUUUACGUAAAGCGGUCGAUGUCCUUUCGGAAUGUCGCCGUACGCUGAUGUACACAUAUGCAUUUGCGUUUUACUUACAAAAAGAUAACCAGUCGGUUAUAUUUGAAGAGAAUCAGCGUGAUCUGGAGCAUGCCACCGAACAGCUGUCGGAGUUUUUAGAAAGAGAUCUAGAUCAUGAAAAUCUCGUUAGUCUAAAACAAAAGGUGCAAGAUAAGUAUCGUUACGUGGAACAGAGACGUACGACACUACUAAAACAUUGUGCAGAAGGAGUGGAACAUGAUUUCUGGAGAUUUGAGAAACGUUGGCUUCGAUAUUUACACGCCUGA